ACUAGUUUCUCUCAAUUAAUUGCAGCCAUGACUCGCGUAGGUGUCUUGGCCAUUGUCUUACUAUUUUCAGGGUUAGCAGCCGUGAAUGCAUGGGAUAAUAAUAAUAAUGCAGCCGAGAGUACUAGUAAUGCAACUUCGUGCGCCGAAGUUACCAAUGACCUUGGCCCCUGCCUGGGUUUCAUAAAAGGCAAAGUGAACAAGCCGCCCGCGGCUUGCUGUGACGGCGCUAGGCAGUUGAAGAAAGCCGCAAAAACCAAAGCAGAUCGACAAGCAAUAUGCGAGUGCAUUAAGAAAGCUGUGUCGGGUAUCGGAAAAUUUGAUAGUAAUCGCAUACCUCAACUCGUCAAGGAUUGUAACAUCGACAUCAAACUCCCUCCUAUUAGCCGCAAUACCGACUGCUCAAAGGUAAGUUGGUGAGCUGAUGAUCAGCAUAUGAUGCAGGGUGAUCUUGUUUGAUUAUGCAGGGCGCCAUGAUAUAUAGGAGAUAUAGAACGUGUUAAUUCCCAUCAUGAGUUAAAUUGCUUAAUUACGUUCAUAAAUCCCUGUGAUAUAUUAAGUCAUAAUGAAAAAUAAUACAUACCAUCGGGUAUUUAAUUAUCAGAUGUAAUUUUCUUCUCUUUUUUAUUGAAAAAAUAAAUCUCUCAA